GUUACGGAGGCCACACGUUACAUGUUGGCGACGAUUCCCGCGAACUAAAUUCAAAUAUCGAAAUCGUAGCUUUAAAGAAAUAAUCAAAUAUAAAUACUAUACUUGUUUUUGUAACUGUAUAUUGACUUGAGAAUCGUGUUUUUGGAUUUUAUUGACAAUCUCAUAAGGUUUUUUUUAAAGUAAUUACUCGAAGAUGUGGUGGAUACUCCGACGUGCAAGGCUCACAGGCGCAUCCCUGUUCAGCCAGGCGACGGGGGCGAACAAUAACAACAGUGCCAAAACAGAAUCCAGACCACCCAGAAAAAACUACAACCAGCUAUCGUCACAUGAAAAACUUGACAAUCGCAAAGCAGAUGAUAUCCAAGUCGAAGAACCCGUGGAGUCUGAUGCAAGCAGCACUGAUGUAGAAGAGCGCGAAUCACACGGGGUAUGUCCCCCGUGUGCGCAUGACCGAUACAAUAACAACGUAAAACGACGUGCCAACUACGAUUUUAGUGAUGAUUCUGAUUAUGACGAGGCUCUGACUUGCAACGUUUGCGACCGAUCGUUCCCGACCCGACGUCAGCUCAGCGACCAUCAACAGAAAAAGAGACAUUUCGGUUGCAGCGCUUGCGACAGCCUGUUCCCAUCGCUGAUGGCGUUGGAGCACCACAAAGAGGAGUUCCAACACUGGAGCGACUCAUCGUACUGCUCGCACUCUGAUUCGGACGACAGCGACACGUGCCACGAGGACCGCCAUCGGUUACUAUAAUGUCACCAUCUCAUUAUUGCCGGGGGGAACAACACCAAGCUGGGCACGUUUGUCUAAAUCUAUCUUCAAUUUUCGCUUAGAUUGUGACACUCGCAAUAUUUUGUGAAUUUAAUUACAUAUUUUUAUUUUAUACGUCUCCGACAAUGGUUAUAUCGAGCCGAAAUGUGACUAUAGUAUAUAUACUGUAGAUUACGUUAAAAAUGUAAAAAAAUAAUCUAAGUCAUCAUUAGUAGUUAUAAACAAAAAUUGAUUUAAUAUUUGUUUCAACUGCUCGGUGACAGACUUGAAUUAUACAACAAAAGUACAACUAGGCCUCUCAUACAUGUCAGAAAGAGAUAGGUAAUAACAAAUUCGCCCUUUUUUUUAACCUAAAUUCUCAUUUUCACAGAUUAUUUCAAAUAAUGAAUAACUACGACCAAAAAUGACAAACUUAUUAUGGCAAAUUUUACUAAAUUUCACCUGUAUUGCAAAGACAAAAGAAGCAGUGUGAUGUACCGACGCCAGCGGAGUGUUUAUGUGUGUGUGUAUUUCAAUCAGCUGCAUCGAGUAACCAUUUUUAGUUUUUUAAAUUCGAUUAGGGCGCCGCACCAUCAUCUAUUUAGAUUCCCGAAAGCAAUUCGAAGCUAUUGCGAUUUUUACAUAAACUGUUACCAUUAUUUUUAAUAUUUCAAUUAACUUGAUUUACGGAUAUGUCUUUUUGAGAUAAGUUAUUCAGGUUACCAUUUACGUAACCUCAACCUAAAUACAAAUUAUUCACGUACGAAAGAGGGCUUAAUGAAAAAAAAUCACAGAGACAGUACUUAUUUGACGGAGAAAACUUUUCCUUAUUCCUUUCUCAAUCCCCUGUCCACGCCAUCUCUUGACACUACAAUAAAAACUACGCGUGUGUGAAAAUGGCGCGAAGUGUGUAAAUAACAAAAACAUGGUGCCGGUGUAAAAACGAUAAAAUUGUGAUUUGUUGAUCAAUCAGCACAUAUAUGUAACUCUCUCCGGUAAGAAAACAGAAAAGUGCAUCAACGAAUUACGGAGUGAGUCCUAAAACUUAUCCUUUUCCCAGUCCCAAACAUAUCUAAAUUCAAAACAGUGCGCACUGAGUUCGUACGACCAGUAUUGAUGAGUUUACGUUCAGGUGGCACUGACUGAUGCUAAGGCGUCUUAGGAGUUCACAAGAAUAGGUACCACCACCCUACUUCUGCCGUGAAGCAGUAAUGCGUUUUGGUUUGAAAGGUAAGCCGUUGUAGUAGGAGAGCUGGCACCAAUUUUUGGGUAGGUAUUUGAGGCAAGCUGAAAACUUGUCACAUACCUCUCCUAUUAUAUUCCAACACGGAAUUGCAGACCUGGCUGGUGAGUAGCGGGGCUAAAUCAACCCCUACAUUUUUUUAAAUAUUUUUUUUUCCCCAAAAAUAUAUUUGAGGCAAUACGCAAUUUAUAUAUGUUGCAGUGUAAUACUUAAUAAAUACGAAAAAAAUAAGCCAGACAAUUUAAUCGGGGUUGUAACAUUA